AUGCACGUCUCGUACUAUAUCGCUAUUUUCGCAGCCGGCUCGGUGGCCUAUGCCAAUGUGAUCUCUAUACCUGAAGUCUUUAAACGCGAUGCCUCCCAGUGCGGACCAGGCAAUGCUGGCUCUGGGGGUCAGGUCUGCGGUAUGGGCAAUUGCUGUUCGUCUGCAGGCUAUUGCGGAACCACCUCUGCGCACUGCGGCAGCGGAUGUCAAUCAGCAUACGGCAACUGUGGACAGAUCUUCGUACCGAACUGUAACGGCUUGAGCGGGGCUGCGUAUAAGCGGACCGUCGGGUAUUGGCAAGCAGCGAGUGUACAGGGAGGAAGUGGGUGCUCGAGCACUCCGCCAACGAUCAACACGAAUGGAUUGACUCAUCUCAAUUACGCCUUCGUCAAGUUUGACGCCAACACUUUCACGGUCCAAGAGGACUCGCCGAGUUUGUACAAGCAGUUCACGGCUUUGAAUUCCACCGUGCAGACGUGGGUGUCUAUUGGUGGUGGCGGGUUUUCGACUUCAGCCUGGACCAGCAUGGCAUCUAGUAGCGAAUCGCGCCGCACGUUCAUCAACUCCUUGAAGUCGUUCAUGAUCAAAUAUGGGUUUCAAGGCGCGGAUAUCGACUGGGAAUUUCCUGGCCCGUCUGAUACCGCGAACCUCGUCGCUCUGAUCAAAGAGAUGCGCGCGGCAUUCGGUUACCAGCUCGGUAUCAGCUUCGCUCUGGCUCCUGACUAUGGAGAUAUGAGGUACACUGACGCUUACGGCAUGCGACCUUUUCUUGAUUGGUUCAAUUUGAUGGCAUAUGACAUGAACUACGGUUCCACCGUGCUCAAGGCUCACACCGACAUCCGAGAUAUUACGGCCCUGACCAGAAAUCUCUUCGCAAACAACAUUGACAUGUCGAAGGUCAAUCUCGGACUGGCGUACUACGGUCGGGGUUUUACACUUGGAAACAAGAACUGCAACACCUUGGAUAACAGCUGCGCCGGUACCGCCAAGAUCUCCGCAUAUGGAUGCUCGUCUGGCACUGACGGGGUGUUGACACUCGCGGACAUCAAGAGCCUGAUUCAGUCCCGUGGUUUGACUCCGACCUACAACUCCGACGCCAUGGUGCAGACGAUCACAUGGGACAACAAUUGGAUCGCUUACGAUGACGAGAAGACCCUCCCUUUGAAGCGCAAUUGGGCGACUCAGAACUGCUUUGGUGGCACUGCUAUUUGGUCAGUGGAUCUCUACAACAAAGGCCGAGCUUACUAG